AUGAGGUCAAGAACUCUCACGGCAAGCGCUAGCGCUCUGCUCCUAUUUUCAGCCUCUGUCACGCAUGCGAAGCACAACCAUGUUCACUUGGACACCUUGUACAAGAGACAUCAUGCGCAUCGUGAGCAGCAUAGGUCAGUGCCCGAGGCCGGCGAAAGCGGAAUCGCCUUGAGGUCACCGAAUAAGCGGGAUGGAAAGGGCGACCAAUGUCGAUUCCCAAAUGACGCAGGGCUGGUCGCGGUUACACCACACGAACAGAACGCGGGAUGGGCCAUGAGUCCUGAUCAACCAUGCGUGCCAGGUAGUUAUUGUCCAUAUGCUUGCCCGCCAGGUCAGGUUAUGAUGCAGUGGGACCCGGAGGCAACUUCUUAUUCGUACCCCAAAUCAAUGAACGGUGGGCUAUACUGUGAUAAGGAGGGAAAGAUUCAAAAGCCUUUCCCUGAAAAGCCAUAUUGUCAGGACGCAAAGGCAGGGAUCGGUGCAAUAAGCAAGGCCAGCGGCCCGGUCUCAUUUUGCCAAACCGUGCUGCCGGGGAACGAGGCUAUGCUCAUUCCUACACAUGUGCAGGAGUGGACCGAACUUGCUGUCCCAGGGACGGACUACUGGUGUGGCACUGCAGCUCACUACUACAUCAACCCGCCUGGAACUGGAUGCGAUGAAGCCUGUGUAUGGGGCACCAAAGACAACCCCGUCGGCAAUUGGUCUCCCUAUGUAGCAGGAGCCAAUGUUGACAAGAGUGGGGGGUCCUUUAUCAAGCUUGGCUGGAAUCCAAUAUAUCUGGAAGACGCAACACCUUUCAAGGAUGAGAUGCCAAAUUGGGGUGUAAAGGUUGAAUGCGAUGGCGAAGGGUGCAAUGGCCUCCCCUGCGCCAUUGACCCUGCCAAGAACAAAGUGAACGAGAUGAUUGGCAGCUCUUCUGACGGCGCUGGUGGUGGUGCUUUUUGCGUGGUCACCGUACCCAAAGGUGUCACUGCCAGCUUUGUCGUCUUCGACGAGUCUGGUGGUAGCGGACCCAUUGGGAACGGAGACGAUGGCAAGGGACAAGAUAGCCCUGAGCCAGAUUUUGGUCCGCCCGAGCUUGGUUCACCCGAGCCUGGGCCACCUGAGCCAACCGCCGCCCCAAGCUCCUCUGCCGAUGCACCAAGCUCCACCUACGACUCUCCUUCAGUAUCGAGCUCUGGCUGGUCCGACAUAUCCUCUUCAAUAGAUUACAGCACUUACUCUAUGGACGCGUCAAGAUCUAGCACUAGAUCUAGCACUGCAUCAAGACCUAUGUACUCGCCACAUGAAUUUGUCGAAAACUCAACUUCCACGUAUGCGGCCAACUCUGCACAGGUCACGGCUUCGACCAGUCAAACUUCAGCGGUGGCUGCCGCAAGGACUGGAGGUGCAUCGACGGUACAACUCUCAUUCGCGAGCCUGUUAAUGAGCUCGCUGAUUGUCUUCAUGACAUUUGCCUUCGCGAGCUAA